AGUACUUUAGUUACACCUAUCCCCAUCUAUCUUUCCUCUCUCAACAGAGUCCCUUUGUUCCUCUCUAUUGAUCCGAUCAAUUUCUCCAUGGAGGAACAAGUCCCCGAACCACCUCAGCCCCCGAAACAUAUGUAUUCAGUGUGGGCGAUACCACCGGAGGACGUAACAGAGCGGCUCAAGAAGCUGAUGGCUGGGCUCCGAUUGGAGUUCGAUGGGCCCGAGUUCGAACCCCACGUCACCGUCGUCGGCGCUAUUAGCCUGACGGAGGACGACGCCUUUGACAAGUUCCGAGCCGCUUGUCAGGGCGUCAGAGCCUACACCGCCACCGUGGAGAGAGUGGCCACUGGCACCUUCUUCUAUCAGUGCAUCUUUCUUCUCCUCCAUCCAACGCCUCAGGUAUUGGAGGCUAGUUCACACUGCACCAGGCAUUUUGGUUACAAGAGCUCGACCCCUUAUAUGCCACAUCUGAGUAUCCUUUAUGGGGAUUUAUCCAAUGAGGAGAAAAAGAAAGCUCAAGAGAAAACCAACAUCCUUGAUGAAAGCAUCAACAACCUCAGCUUCCAGAUAAGCAGCCUUGCUUUGUACGAAACAGACACUGAAGACAUGACUCUGAAAUCCUGGAAGAAGAUAGCUGAAUUCAAUCUCGACACUAAUUAGAUGCAGAGGGUUUUUGGUUUUGCAUAUUAAUUAGGUGAUGAUUUCCAUUGGAAAGGAUUCUUUUUAUUCUUAAAUCUUCUUAUUUCCUGAUGGCCAAGAUGCUCAUUCGGAUUAGUGUCCUAUUAAUCUUAUAGCUCUGGAAGCUACAUGCUGCUUUCCACUUUCAGCCUAGUUUCCCUCCUACCAAUUGUUGUUAUAAUAAGGAUGAAUUAUGUUUUGGAUGUUUUUGUAGCUAAUGCUUACGGAUUUCUACUGAUGUUUCAUGUGUUGGUUGGAUAAUUAUUAUGGGUUUUGGUAUGUGAAUCAAAUUACGUAAAUAGAAAUGAAGGAUAAAUCCUAUCAUGCAACAUUGGUGGUGAAAUAAACAGCAUUAUAUAUAAUCGAUGAUGUAUGAGAUCUUCCUGUUUUAUGUUACUGGUAUAAUAGUUUCGUCUUUAGCGGUUAGAAUUGACUUUUCAAACAAGGCAAGUGGGUCUUACUAAGCCAAAAAAUUCUUAAAGUUUUUUUUGGGCGUAGUGUCCGGAUCUGUCCGGUCUAAUACUAAUUAUUAAUAUGGAAUAUGGAGUUUAAGAUAAUAUAAGCACCACAAGUGCUACGCAGUAUCUAGAUCCUCCAGAUUCAUUCAACACUACAUAUUAUAAUAUACUCUAGAGUACAAGAUGAUAUAAGGGCCACAAGUUUCACGUAGUGUCAAGAUUCUUCCAUGACUACAUAUUAAUAUGGACUUCAAGAUAAUACAAGGGCAGGAAAACUGACUUAACCCCUAAAGAAAUUCAUCAUACGUGUGUCGUCUCCGGACAUGAAUGCUUUGUUUGGAUUGCUUUUUGAAAAAAAAAAUCUCAACUCAAAAAACACUCAUUACCUCUACUUCUAAUCAUUACUCACCCCUAUUUCUAUUCAUUAUUUUCAUUUCUCUAAUUAUCUCUCUCCAAUCAUUACCCUCAUUUCUCUCUCUACUCAUAACCCUAUAAAAUUUCUCAAAAACUCAUCUAAACACAACACACAUAAUUUUUAAUUUGCCGACCCCUCAGAAGUUUGAAUCUUUUCUGAGUGCUUCUUGGCCCCUGUAUGUCACGUCCCAACCCUUUUCCAUAUAUGAGGUUUGGGUCUUCCCUAAAAAGUUUGUCCAUAACUUAAAGACUUUAGACAAGUUGUUUUUGCUAAAUGAACUUUUAGUUGAUGUAUGUAUAGAAAAUAACUUGCCUCGAAAUCCAUGUUUUGUGGGCUUUUAGCCUGUUUAUUUUGUUUAGACAAUAUGAGCUCUAGAUUAGUCUUUUGUGUUCUGAUUUCGGUUGGCGGAUCAUCUUUGGGGUUUCUCGGUCGCCGAAGAGCGGUCUUGGUACGAUCCAUUUCCGUUUGGUAUGGCUCCGUUCCCUCAUCUUCUCCAUCUCAGAUCUGUUUUUUUUGACCCCCCUUUCCUUAGUUGUUUUGCUCCCGGUUACUUGGCCAUUAGUCAGCCCGCUUGUUUCCGAUUAGAGGUGCUGCUGGGUCCUCUGACUUUGGCUUAACGGCUAGGGUCCGUUUGGGUUCGGAUGGAGCGGUUGGCAUUGGUUCCCACUGUGGCCAUCGUUGGGCGGCCCGGUUCUCGCCUAACGGCUUGGUGUAGCUUCCGCGGCAGUUUGGCGUUCGUUCCCGCCGUGGCUGUCGUUGGCCGGCCCUGUUCUUGCAUAACAGCUUGGUUCAGCUUCCGCAGCAGUUUGGGUUUGCUGGUUUCGAUUUUCCUUACUGUGGGUGACCGUGGUGGCUUGGUAGAUGUCAGUGGUGAAAUCUAGCGGUGGUGGUUGUGCUGUCUGUGGCAGGAGGAGACGGCUCUUAGGUUAGGUUUAGAGUUUUUUUUUGCGUUGGGCUUUCAUUUAGGGAUGGCAAUCGGGGCGUUCGGGGCGGAUAUGGGGAAUUUUGUACCCGAUCCCCGAAACCAAACCCUUACCCAUAUCUGCCCCGAUACCCGAACAGGUAGAGCAAGAAGAAUCCAUAACCGAACAAUUCAGGGUUCGGGUAAUCCCCGAACCGAUUGGUUACCCGAACCAGACUUUUUUUUUAAAAAAAUCAAAAAAAGGUAAUCGUUUUGGGGUGGGUUUGUAACUGAGAGAGAGAGAGAGAGGGAGAGAGAGAGAGAUAGAUGUAAGCAGACCUGGUGGGCGACGAGGGCGAUGCAACGAUGAUCAGUCUACUCUAAACCCCUUUGACCGCUCACACGGCGGUGACGCAUCAGGUUUGGAAGCUUCCCAUAGUACCAUGCGGUGGACGAUCGAAGUGAAUCGCAGAGAGAGAAUGAGGGAUUGGAUGUUAGAUACAGAGGGAUUAGGGAUAGAGAGAGGCAUGACAGAGGGAUUAGGGAUACACACACUCCGAAUCCCUUGAGGGAUCCCAGACGGUUGUUUGGAGCUGUCCUUUGUUCUCAGCCCUUGGAUUUAAUCCAACGGCCACGGAAAGAAAAGGCAUAAAAGACGCACAAAUUACACUUUCCCCCCUCUUCGGUUCAUUUCACACUUGCCCCCUUCGAAUGUUAUUCACACGGACGCUUAGAGAGAGAGAGAGAGAGAACCAGAGAAGAAAAGAAGAAAGCGGAU